AUUAAAAAAAUAAUAAUAAUAAUAAAAAAUCAAAGAACCCAUUUCGCAAACCUCUUCUACUGUCAUCCUACCACUUUCUGCAAUGAAUUUUCUUCAUUGACACAAAAACACAAGAUGGAAGUGUUUUCAACCCAAUUCCAAUGCCUAAAACCAGCAGCAGCUUCAAGAAAAACCCAAUUCUCACAUUCAUUUGAAUCAAUCUCACUUACCCAUUUGCCCUUCUUCAAGAGUUCUGUUUUGGAAUGUGGUCUUAUUUCGUCGAAACAGAACACGUUUUGCAGAGGUCAGUUUAGCAUCCGACACUUCUUCAGCAUUGGAUUCAGUCAUCGCGGGAGAAGAAUUCGAGCAGGCAGUGCAGCCCCUCCCAGUUGUGUUCUGCCAUUAACCGAAGAGAAUGUUGAAAUGGUCUUGGAGGAAGUGCGGCCAGGCCUUAUGGUAGAUGGAGGAAAUGUGGUUCUGCAUGAAAUCGAUGGCCUUGUUGUGGUCUUGAAGCUACAAGGGGCAUGUGGGUCAUGUCCAAGCUCAACAAUGACGUUGAAGAUGGGGAUAGAAACUCGGCUGAUGGACAAGAUCCCAGAAAUCCAGGCAGUUGAGCAGAUCCUGGACACCGAGACCGGUCUCGAGCUCAAUGAGGAGAACGUCGAAAGUGUUCUUGCUGAGAUAAGACCAUAUCUUGCGGGCACGGGAGGUGGGGUACUUGAGCUUGUUCAGAUCGAUGGAUAUGUUGUGAAAGUCCGACUGAGUGGGCCUGCAGCAGGGGUAAUGACAGUCCGUGUAGCUCUUACACAGAAACUGAGAGAUAAAAUACCUGCAAUUGCUGCUGUCCAGCUGAUAGAUUAGUGAAAUGAAAGUGAAAUUAUUUAUUGUAAAAUGGGGAAAAGAUGUUUCAAAGUUAUUUUUUCAGAGCCUACUAAUAUUGUAAUUUUGUAGAGAAACAGUUGUCCUUAAAUCAUCAUUUCUGGAUCCUACUCUUUAA